AUGGCUGUGGUCGGUCCGAGCCGACACUCAAGGGUGUCAAUGUCGCUGAUACAGAGCUCAACGAAUGGUCCAGUUGGCAACCACCAGCAGGCUAGUGCUUCACAACAGUUUUUCCACGGUCAACAACAAACUCAUCAUGCCUCACAAUCGUCCACUGCUCAUUCCAUUGACUACAAACCCGAUAGACCUAUUGGAUAUGGUGCCUUCGGAGUCGUCUGGUAAAAUCUUGAUUAUUGUUAUAUUAUUAUUAUGAGACACAAUAUUGUCUUUUGUGUACUUGUACUUACAUUAUGCAUACUAGAUACUAACCUACAUACUUUGAAUAUUCAGUUUUCUUACUAUUUUAGUGGUAAUACUUAUUUUUUAUUUAUCCAACUUCUUACUAAUAAAGACUUCCCAGUAGAGGGGAUACCGUUUGAAAGGUUACUAAUCCAAGUAGAUUCCAUAUCCUAGCCAUAUCUAUAUCCUGACCUUUCUUGAUUUCUUAUAAAUUUCCUUGAUUGUACACACAACACUAGUAAGGGUUUGUUUGUAUUAUUUAAUUUACUCUUUAAAUCCAUCAGAUGUUACAUUUGAAAGAAUUAAGGUGUCAUAAUAAUAUAUAGGUACUGAUAAGAUGAAAAUAUAAAUAAAUUUACCUACUCUAACUUAAACCAAAUUCAUUGACUCGUGUUUAAUAUAUUAUAUUGUGUACAUUUUAUAAAUUAGUGUAAACAAAUAGACAAUUCCUGGAUAAUUUCGAUACUUUAGUACCUAUGUUAUAGGUAGGCCUAAAAUAGGGUUAACUAGAUGCCCAAAAUUAAAAUAUGUGGUCAAUUUUAGUUAAGUAUUUUAAUAUUAUAUGUACUAAAUUUAACUUAAAAUAUGAGUAAGUAAUUGACUUAAAUUUUGUUUAGGCUGGUACCCAGUACCCAGUCAAAAUAAAGAGAAAUAAUUAUACAUUGAUAGGUUAAGUUAUUUAAAUUAUUCAUUCUUGUUCUAAUUAGGAAGUUUUAACGUUACAAAAUAAAUAAUUAAACAAUAAUAAUAAGUAUUUAUCUUUAUCCUUAAUCGAUAAUAUUAAUGUCUAUAAUUGAUUUUAUGAUUCAUAUUAAUAAAAAUGAAAUCACUACCUAUGUAAUAAGCGAGGUAAUAAGUUUACUUAUUUUUAUUAUUAUAGGAAAAUUUUUUUCUUUUAAUCAAUCAAAUAAGUAGAUACCUCUCAGAUGAGUCACAAUAAUAAAAACUUAUAAAAACUUAAUAUAGUUUUUUCACUUAACUGUUUGUUUUAACAAUAUUUAAUUAAGUAGGCUCAUUGUUUUUUGUAUAAAUAAUAUAGAUACCUACUUAGAUUUAAUUAAAAUAUUAUAUUUCAGUUUAAUAUUUAUUAACUUAACAUAAGAAUAAUGAUAUUAAAGAUUUUUGUGAUUCAAACAUUGACAUCUUGUUUAUGUAUUGAGGAAAUAGGUACUUACCUAAUAACAUAAUUAUUGGUUUUUUAAUAAUUGUACAUAGUAUUUAUUCAUUGGUCAAUUUAUUGUAAUAGGUAUAAAAAUCCUGUGUGGUUUUUAACUGCAACUGUCAAAGUGCAAUGAUAAUAAAGAAAAAUAAGUGAUGACUAAUAUCAUACCUAUAGUAAAUAUAUUCUCUAUUAUUUUCCACACGAAAAUGUAUUUAGGUACUAAAAUAAUAUUUUUUUCUGUUUGUUGAUGAUUUUAUUUAUUUAUUUUUUCUUCGUAUACCAUAAUUUACUGAUAAAAAUUUGCUUUGCACAUAAUUUUCUAGAUGAAUUGUAUAAUACAAACAAGUAUAAUAAUAUAUAUUUACAAAGCAAUGUUUAAUUAUUUUUUUAAAAUACUACAAUAAUUAUUGUUAAAUAAUAAAUUUCAUGUUUGUCUCCACCCUACUUCUUAUAUAAUAUGUGUAGAAACAGCCCUCUUUAUCAUUGCACUAUUCAAACACUGACCCCUGGUUUUUACUAAUUGUACUUAUAUAGUAUUACAUUUAAUUUGUAAUAUUUUUCAUUUUAUCAUUAUAUUUUUUCUAGUUAAUUAGUUAUGUUUUAAUUCAAUUGUUAUUAGAUAUGUACAUACUGCAUUUUGGCCACGUCCAUUAUGCAAUUAAUAUAAAAUUAGAAGGAAUUUUAAAAACCUAUUAAAUAUAUUAAAACAUACUUUAAAGUCUUAAAUGAUAAACAACUUGAUCAACAUAUUGGAUGUAAUUUGUUUCAUUAGAUAUGUGGGUAUGUAAAUUCGUUUUAAUCAGAAAUGGGGCUUCAAGCGGCUACUAUUUAUAGACUAUCAAAUACUGUAUUUUUCGAAAACAAAUGUGAGUGAUAUUUUUCGUCCUAAUUUUUAAUUUCAAGCAGAACUUUUCUAAAAAUUAAUGAACCCAAAUAGACGAUUUAUUUCAAACUCUUUACAGUACUUAUUUAUUUUAAAAUUUAAAUAAAAUUAAUACUUACCAAAGUAGAUGUGUCUUUUAAAAUUGAAUUAUUAAUUAAUUAAUUGUAUUAUUAUGUAUAAUCUCAGGUAUAAUACACUAUCAUAGUAUUUACAUUGUAAUUUUCGACAUCUUUACUAUGCCUACUACCUAUUUAUUAUAUUACAUUAUCUUACUAUACGUAUUUAUCUUUUAUAUAUAAUAAAAUAAGUACAGUUUAAUAUUAAGUGUACUUCCAAGAUAAAACAAAACACGUUCUGUAACCGUACGUUCGUACCAUAGGAACAAUAAUAAAUUCGAUUUUUAAGGAACUUGUAUUUGAAAUGUUUAAAUCAGAUCAAUGUAGGAAAAUAUCACAUUGUCAGGGACCAAAUAACCAUGUUCAGAUUUUUAUUAAUACUUAAAAUUAUUUCCAAUAUAAUAAACGGUUUUUAACCUCGCAUAUAAUUACCAAGUUUCUUUUAAGUAGGUACUUAUAGUUAUUCAAUUGUCUGUUAUAUAUUACCAAAAAUUUGAACUCUAAAAACUAAUCUUAUAAAAUUAUAUCGUACCAUACAAGUAUAAUAUUAUGCCGUAUAAUAAAACUAAAGUAAUUUUGUAAAAACUAUCAAACAUAUUUUACCCAGUAUUUGUAUGUACACUCUAUAUAAUAAUAUUAUCUUAUCUGGUAUACUAUUAAAUAUACAUAAACGGAAAGGGUCAACGAUAUGGACAGAAUAAUACAUUUAAAUAGUUUUUGACGUUUUUGACCUAUUAAUACGAAAUAUGAACUAGAUUAUAUUUUACAGUUAAAUAAUAUUCAAAUUUGUUUUCUACCUUUUUUUUUUUCUUUAGUUGAACACUUUUUGUAUAAUCCUGUCCAAGUCACGUAUGUUUUAAAACAGUAGACCAUAAUAUGGUUGAAGGUUAUUUGAUUUAACUCUGUUAGGUACUUAAAAAAAAAUCUACAAAACAAUUGAUUUUUCAAGCAAAAUAGCCUUUAGACAUAGUGCAUAAUUUUUCGAAAGAAUUCAAUGUGAAUGGUAAAUCAUUCAUUACUUAUUUAAUUUAAUUUUCUAAAAAAUAAUAUAAAAAACAUAUUAACAACUUAUCGCCUAUUAGUUAAUUUAUGUAACUCAACUCGAGAUUUUACAUUAUUCCAUAGUUCGCGGACGUCAAAAAUAAGUAGUUAUUAAAUUUAUUGAAAACACGAAAUAAGUGAGCAUAAUUCGUAUUUAAUAUAACGUAGAUUAUUAGUAAGCAGAUUAUUUGUACAAAACUUAUUGGAAACAAAAGUUGUUUGCUUCAAACAAAUAUUAUUUAUCUGAAUUUGGCAGCGCUCUAAAUAAUAUUGCAAUGGUUAUCAAACAUUAUAUUUUAUCGUUAUUAUUUCUGUAACAACUCCGACGUAACAAACCGAUUCAAACGUUGUUAUUAAUAUUAUAACGCAAAAAAACUUGUGAAAAACGUUUUGGAUAAACGACCAACUUGCAAAUACAUUCAACAAAAGUUUAAUAAGAAAAAUAAUGUUAAUAAUAAGUAAUUUAUAGGUUUUUUUUUUUCGUUACUUCGUCUAUAAUAGACCUACUGCAUAUGACUAAUAGGUAUAAUAAGAAUAUGACCUACUAAUAUGUCUACAAUUAUCAUAAUAAUAAAGUGUUCACCGUUCGGAGAAAAGAAAGUUAUGGCAUUUUUUUAAUUUCAUAUAUACUAUAAUAGGUACCCAUUCUUUGUGUCGAUUCAUAUUUAAUACAAUAAAAUGUAUCUGUAGAUAUUUCAACCCGAAAAAAUGUGUGUAGUUGUUAAUAUUGCGAUAAGAAUGGUUGUUAAACCCAAGGCGAACUGGAGAGCCAGAUGUGUGCAUAUUGUCUGCCGAGGGAUCAAACCUGUUUUUCCCCUCUCUAUCGUGGGUGUUCGGAGACUGUAUUGAAGGUCUGUGUAAGGGCUGUUCGUCUGUUCUACGAUCGUAGCAGGUGUCAUUGCCUACAGCUAUAUGCGAUCUUAACAUCUGUAUACGAGGGAGAAGAAAUACCGCGACCAGUUAUUGGAUAUGUCUGGACCCUUUUUAGGUAGGUAGGUGCCUAUUUGCAGCUGUGUCUGGAUAAUCGUAGUCUCACAAUAAUACAUAUUGUUGUUUUCUACUUUGUUUCGUUAUACUUGAUCGUAUAUAAUCCUACUUAGCUUCGUAUAUAUAAAUUAAAUAAUAAUGCGUUUAAUGUUUGUGCUCGUAUUUGUGUAUAUGUACCGAAGUUUACAAAUACCAAAUACUCAUAAAGUACCAUCGUGUUAUAAUAUCGUUUUGUUGAGUAUUUCGUUCAAUUGGUUAGUAUUGUAUGAUAAAGCUAUUUGCUUUUACUUCUCAGUCAUUAUAUAGUUGUUAAUUUAUUGGUGUGUUUUAUAUUAUUACAUAAUCACUUAUUACUGUACGUCGGUUUUGUCGAGGCUUAAUUCAAUAGUACGUAAUAAUUAUUACUUAUUUUUCCUUUUAAACAUUUUAUAUUAUAUUUGUUUUAUCCUAUUUCUUUUGUUUUCGUUACACGACAGGAAAGGGCUGAAAAAGUAACUGCAUACACCAUAUUUUGGGUUUUGUUGUAACUAUUAACAACUCCCCUAUAUAAAAUAUUGCACAAUAUAGGUAGUCGUCACUAGUCGAUUAUAUUUUAUAUAGGUGCCAACUAAAUCACUGAAGUACAUUAUCGAGGCUCUGUCGCAACUUUUAAAGUUGCCCUGGUUUGCUUAUCGGUAAUCAACCGACCUAUUCCGACUGGAACUCUGCAUGUGUGUGUAAAAAAAAAAAUAUUAUAAUCCGACAUUCCCACCGAAUUCACCCACGUAUUAAAUUGUUAAGGUUCACAUUGCUCGUAAUAUGUAUUAUCAUUAUAAACAAUUUAUUUAUUUUGACAAUCAUAAACCAUUUUUUGUUUAUUUUGAUAUUGUUAUGAGUUUUAUAAAGGUGCUAUCUUUGUUUGGUUUUUAAAACAUUUCGUAAUAUUUAUAAUCUUCGUGAAAUUCUCUAAAUCAUUUUUAAGUAUAUUAUUUUAUUUUUUUGUUAAUGAUUGUAAUUUAUCAAAAUAUAAUUUCUGGAUUAUACAAGAUUUUGUGCUGUAUACGGAAUUGCAUUCAUUAUUAUAGUUCUCACUCAAUGCGUUUUAUUUGCAUUUAUAUAUUAUGUUCCCUAAUUAUAAUCCCUAAUUCGGACACGGUCAAAUAUUUAGGAUUAUACUUUGACAAAAAACUCAACUGGGCCAAACACAUUCACAUGACCAAACUAAAACUAAAUCGAAGACUCUCUAUUCUCCGUAGCACUGGGCAAAACCUCAAAGCUCAACCUAAAAUCAAAAAUUAACUUGUACAAACUACUAAUAAAACCCAUUUGGACGCAUGGAAUUCAGCUAUGGGGAGCUGCUAAAAAAACAAACAUAAACAAAAUUCAAGUAGUCCAAUCAAAAACUCUCCGUCUCAUCACUAACGCCCCUCCGUACGUCUCGAAUGAAACUCUACACUCAGACCUGAACAUACCGUAUGUCAAUGAAGUCGCAAAAAAUCACUACUUUAAAUUCCACAACAGGCUACAAAAUCACACCAAUCCCCUCAUUAAAGAUCUUUCAUCACACUACCUUCCGAGUAAUACGGUAAGGAGACUCCAGCUUAAGUGGCCCAGAGACUGGUUAGUAUAAUACACAGGACUAUACGUUAAGAAAAAAAAAAAUAAAAAAAUAAAUUCUCGCCGAAGUGCUGUUGCUGGACAGUCUCUUCAAUUCAAGAUUUUCAUGUAAAAAAAAAAAAAAAAAUAGUAAUAGCGUUACAUAUAAAGUUGAAUGCUGUUGUGUUUGUGUUUGUAUUGAUUCUAUUACUAUUGUAAUUCAGAUAUCUCUUAAGCUUAUUGUACCACAAGUACAGAUUGUUAAAUGUUCUUAAUUUAAAAUUAAAUUUAAAAAAAUAUAUAUAUUAUGUUGGUUCUUUAAAAAUUAUAGAAUUAAAAUGGGCAAAUAAUACCACGUUCUUAAUUUAACGAAUACAUUUUUUUUUUUUUUAAAUAUAAAACUAUAUUCACAAUCUGUAAAAUAAGUUUAUAAUAAGCAAAUGUGAUCUCUGAAGAAAAAUUAAUUAUCAAAUGCAGAAUAUAGGUUCAUUGACAGCACUCCUAAAUCUAAUUUUUAAAUUUAUUGCCUACUUGAACAAUUAUUAUACUUAUAUAGUUUGGAUAGGUCCAAUAUGUGAUUACCGAUAAAUUUGACUUACCACGUAAUUUUUCUUGGUUUAUUUGUUUGGUAGUAUAUGACCCAUCUUGAAAUUUAAUUAUUGUUAUCGAAAAAUCUGUUAGAAAUUAAAGAAUUUCGUGGUAUGUGAUGGAAUACUGAAACUAUGUGAAAGGAAAAAAAUAUUUUAAUAUAUACGCAUAUUUAUAAUAAUAAUAAAAAAAAAAAUUCAGCGGGUAGGUUUUAUAUUGGUUCAACAAUUUAGCAUUGGAUCACAUAUUGGAACUGUCCCAUAUUGUAUGCACCUAUAAUUAUACAUAGGUAUUUUUGUUCUCUUUUCUUUACAUUUUGCUAUGCGUUCAACGGUCAAAUUAAUUUGAUUACCUAUUAAAGACUUUGAAAUAUCUCCCUUUUUCCCACAAUAAAAAAAAUAAUCAUUCGACUUUUCGAUACUGUAAAUGUCUUAUUGUGUACCCAUAUAUAUCCUCAGUCCCAGGGAAGAAGAGUUUAAGUCAACCUUUUAUAAUUUUCAAUAAAACACAAUUGAAUUUCGAAAAUAUUUAAACGCAAUAGCAAAGUCUGCUACUUAACCUAACCUUACGAUACACUUACGUGUGUAAUUUAGACCAAAAGAUUACGUCAGGCAAAAUUAUAAGAACAAAAAAAAAAUGCCAAAAAUUGACUCAUGCCUUAGGAGUAAAGAUAAUUUAUUAUGAUAACAUAUAAUAUAUAAAUCUACCGAAAGAGAAUUUAAAAUCCUGUCUAGACUGAAAAUAUCUUAUUUUGUCAAUAAUAAUUGUGUUAAACGUAUUUGAAUCUCGUGGAUGACUAUUAAGCGUCAGCGUGUAAUUUUUACUCCUCCUCAUCCUCGUCCUCUCUAACGAAAAACUGAAGCGCGCGUUUUACGCAUAAUAGCCAAUCGGUAUAAGUACAAUAAUUAUGCAAAAUAUAAACAUGUAUAAUUGUAAAACACAAAGAAUAAUAUUCUACAAAUUUCGAAAUAGGCCGACGAAUAAAUGUUAUUGGUUAUGAGAUUACACGCGCGUACACACACCGCAAUAAUAUUAUUCGUAUAUUGUAUUGUUGUGGGUCAAUGUUAACGUAGUUAUCGUACAGCAAUAACUGCGUCUAAGUGCCUACUACAGUGUCUAUACCUACCCUACCUAGAUAGUAUUAUACUCUACAGCACAGUGCAUAUAGUAUACGUAUUACGUAAAAUGCGUAUGUAUACGAUGACGUACUCACUUAUAGGUAAUAGCGUAUACCUACAACUGCGUCGUUUAGUUGAUCAAACCAUAUUUAAUUUUUAGUGAUCCGGCCGAGUGUAGACUUUUUAUUUAUAUAUUAGUAUUAUUAUUAUAAUUAUUAUUAUUGUAGUGGGGCGGACACGACAACGGGUACGACAAACCGAGUCAGUCGCUGCUACUUUAAAUGAAUCGAUAUUAAUGCCGCUUCGGUUAGUAUUGUAGGCCUCCGCGUGGUGCACAUGCAUACCGUUGUGUUUGGAAGCCAACUGUUCCCUCUGUUCCCUACCACGUCCUAUUAGUACAUAUAUUUAUGUUAUAAUAUAGCGUACGUUUAGUGUGUGGAAGGGUCAUUGUUCGUCGGAUCUUAUAAUGAUUAUUGUAUGCUGUUGAAAAGCCGAAAAAAAAUGUUGUAUUUUAUAAUAAUAUAAUAAUAUAUAGGUAGGUACAUUAUAAUAAUAAUAUAUAUCCAAACAAAACACGAGUAGAGAAAUGAGUCGACCCACUAGAGAGAAACAUACUAUAUUACAUCAUGACGGGUUUCUAUACCUACACAUAGGUAGGCACGCAUGCGCCCUUUACUACACUUGAAUACUUAAAGCAGAGCUAAAUAGCUAUAGUGUAACUCUAAUUUCCCACGAUGAAAAACUGUCGUCAUAAGUAUACGUACCGAUUACAUUUUAUUAUUUCGUCUCUCCUCGUCUACACACACACACACACGUCUUAAAAAUAUUAACAUUUUUUUUUAAAUAUUCUAAGUACCCGAAUGAAUUUAUUACUAUAAGUAUAUAAUAUUAUACACUCAGUCUCAUAUAUUUAACAUCCAUCAAGUUGAAAAACCUAUUUAGUCAAUAUUUAUAAUAUUUUAUUAUAAUAAGCGACGACGGUCAUUAUACUGACGAGAACAAACUUCUUGGCGCGCGUAGCUCUUCUAACUUUAUUAUUAUUAUUAUUAGCCGCAUGUUCCUGCGAUGCACAUGUGUCGUUUUUUUGUUCAUGUAUUGUUUGAUUUCAUAGUGUUUGCGUGUGAGAUGUAUACAUGUAUUAUAUACGACGAGGCCGUGUUUUGUGUAUUUGUGGUCGGGAAUAUUAUAAUAAUAUCUAACCGGUAAUGGUGGUGGUCGAUGGCUGCUGUAUAUAAGAUUGCAAGCUGCUGCUGUGUAAGCCACCUGCUGUAUCGUAACCGACAUUCUGAUGGUUUAUAGUGCCUACCAGGUACCUGGUAGUCGGUUCCAAAACACAGGUGUCGUUUACGCAAAAAGCGAUAGGUUCCUAACUACAUGGAAAUCGUAUAAAAAUACGAAACCGCCAUACUGCCGUGUUUUUAAAAAAAAACCCGUAUCUAUAGAAAGAAAAACAUAUCGUGAUAGUAUUUCAGUGUGUAUUAUAAUAUUAUAAUUACACUGUUGCAAAAAAUAUAAUAUAUACAGUGUAUACAAUGUGGUAUAUACAGGUGUUAUGAAACUAUGAGAAUGAACCCGUCGAGAAAAUAUGUAGGAAAGAUAAUGCGUACUAUACGUAUAUACUUCAUUCUAUCGGAUCAAAUAUGAUAUUAUGUGCAGUCCCAAAACUGUGGUAUGCGCCUGGUGCAGGAGUAGCACCGGUCGGAUAUAGAAGUACCUACCUAUAGUAUAUUAUAUAGAUUUGUCCUUGUAUCUGUAGCUUAAGACGAUAGACAUAAUACAGGUAUUUACUGGCCGAAAAAUUAUUAACUAUAAUAAAUCGAAAGAAGCCGAAUAAAUGAUAUAGGAGUUAUUAUAAUAUUUUAUUAUAUGCUGUUACAUAAUAUCCAUAGCUUAAAUAUAUACGUAGCAUUUUAAUUCGAUUUGUAUGCGACAACGUGUGUACAAAAAAAAAAUGUAUUUCAGAAUUGCAGCCGCUCUAUUCAAUGAAAUGAAAAAAAAAAAAUUAGUAUAGUCCAACACUAUAUUAUAGGUACUAUAUAGCGAACGGUAUUCUGGCGGAAAACGCGUUGUCCUCUUCUUCUUCAUCUCUUUGUUCCACUUGGCGUUUUAAUAUGUAACGAAAGCAUAACAAUGAAACCUCACUAUAAUGUACGCUUUCUUUUUCCCAUCGUCAUAAAUUGAAGCAGUAGCAGUAUAACUGCAGUCGAAUAUCUCGUAUACUGCGCGCGCGUACACUCAAAUACACACACACACACACACACACACACACACACACACACACACACACAAUAAUCAAAUAACUGUGAAAAAUGUACACAUAUCUGCUAUACACAUUUUUCAUAGCAGAAAUAAAAAGGAAACAUAACGUGGUGAGAAACCUAUCCGAAAUAUGAUCAAUUUUUCCCCAUCGUUCAUGAUUUUGUAGUUAUUUUUGUCGAACAGCGAAAAAAUACGCCACUUCUUUCAUAGUUAAUGUAUAAAUUCAAUUAAAAUUCUUAGUAAAGCGAGGAAUGUAUUGGUUUUACUAUAUGAUACAUUUUUUUUAUAUCUGUAAACAAUAUUCUAUCAUAAAUCUUGGUCCAAUCAAACAUUUUAUUGUAGUAUUUUUGGUCUAAUUGGUAUACUAAAGAGAGCAUUUUUUGAUUUUCUUUGUAGAUCUUUUAUUUAAUGUUAAAAAUUGGAAAUUUUUCAUAUAUUUUUUGUUUAUUUCUGGAUUAUACCUUGACAACAAGGGAAAAAAUGCAAUUAAUAAUACUCUGCUUCAGAAUUAUUUUUCAUUAACAAUGGUUCAUAAUUAUUCAUAAGUAUUACUCUAAAUAUAAUAUACCUCCCUCUUAAAACUGUGUAUUCAUCUAUCUACCGUAUUAGUCUUCAUUAUUAUUAUUGUACCCUACUUACAAGAAGAAAACAUGUUUUUUAUCCGUCCAGGGUAUAUUUGACAAUUAUAAUAUAUAAAAUACAUAUACAAUAGCGCCAACUUUAUUCGGACAUUUUAUUUCUUAGGUUAUCAUAACGUUUACUAGUAAAAUAAUAUAUUAUUCCUUUUAGUAUUUACAAAACAUACCGUAGGAAAAUAUAAAUUUUUCGCAGGUGGUUGUCGACUCUGAAGUAAAUUUACAAUCGUAGUAGCCAUAUACAAAUCACUAGAACGACCAUGACCUAAGAGGAAACCGAUUCGCGUUCGCUAAAAGAACUUUGCCCGUACAUUGCACCGUUUCCGUAGAUUUUUGCCAUCUUGCCAAACAUAAUUUUUUAUUCAUAUUCACGUUUUAAGAAUAGCACUGUUAGUCAACCUCUAACAAGGCCGUGUAAUAAUAACUCAAUAUGUUACAUAGAUAUUUUAUAUUAUUAUAAUUAUUAUUUAUUUCAGUUUAGAAAUGUAUUAAAAUUGAUUAUAGACAAUAAUAAUAAUGUUGUACGUUUAAUUUUGAUUUUGCAGGGCCGUAACGGAUCCACGAGACGGACGAAGAGUAGCGUUGAAAAAACUUCCGAAUGUUUUUCAAUCGUUGGUCUCUUCGAAACGAGUAUUUAGAGAACUAAAAAUGUUAUGCAAUUUUAAACACGAAAAUGUAAGAUAUUAUUUUUUUUUUUCGUAUAUAGAGUUAAUAACAGUUGAAAAAACUCAUGUUUUUUGUGCUUUUAUAGGUUUUGUCCGCCCUUGACAUUCUGCAACCGCCUCAUUUGGAUUUCUUUCAAGAAAUGUAUCCUUUUUUCUUACGUAUUAUGUUAUAACAAUCCAUCGCUGCUGUUGCUGUUGCUGCAGGUACACAUAGGCUACACCAUUUAUGGACAAUCAGGAAAACUUUUGUUAUAUUUUCCGUAAGUAAUAAAAUAAUGACAACUUUCGAGAAUAUAAUAUGUACGUAUAUUUCGCGCGUUAUGAUAAUGGAUAUUAAGAAUUUCGAUGACAUUAAUAAUAUUAUUGUACAAUGGUAUUAUAUUAUUAUAUACCGUGCAUUCCUAUCGAGUUAAUACACAUUAGUCACCCGGUGUCUAACAAUAAUGUUAGACCAGAGCUACCUCCUCUCGCCAUUAUAAACCUGUAUUUCCUGUCUCUUUGUUUCUCAUAGGUCUCUUUAUACCGACCACUGCUGCGAGUUUAUUCGCCCUGGACUUGCCUACCCGGCCUAUUUAACCCAACUACUAGUGAGCAGGACGCAUUCAUAUAUUGUUUAUCUGAGAAAAAAAUUAAAUUAAAUUUUAGUAAUGUAUAUUAUACAUUUUAAAAUAAUAUGUAAUAUAAGUAUAAUUAUCAAUUAAUAGUAUACACAAGUACAAGAAUUUUUUUUCUCUCAUAUUUUCAUAACAUCAGAAUAUUAUUUAUUUUUUUUUUCUCGACAUGUGUGUAUUUAUGUAGACUAUAGCUUACACACGUAUAAUACAUGGUAUUUAUUGUUUCAUUUGAGUGAACAACAUCUCUGAGAAAAUGACGAAGAAUAUCGUUGUAUUUAUUAUAGAUAUAUAAAAUGAUAAAACGAUGUUCUCAAAAUGACAAAUGAUUAUUAUUAUAUUAUUUAUAUAUAUUUAGUGAAUACUACAUGACGGAGCAAUCUUUUUAACAUACAAUUGACGACGACGAAAACGGAUUUUUCUAUAUUUUUCGUUAUAAAAUAAAUAAUAUCCUGUAGUUAUUAUAAAAUCGAAUAGCCGCACCUCUUUCUAUUUCAUUGAAUAUUAUAUAUAGCUAUAUAAUGUAGCCAAAUAUAUUUAUAUAUAUAAUAUAUAGACGCACCUCCCCCCCCCAAAAAAAAUACGCGUACCAAUGUGCGUUUCUCUAGAAAGUUAAAUAAUAAUUAUAUUUUUCCAACGGUUUGGAAAUCUCGCUUUUUAUCUAUAAGUAUAUGUGACGGUUUAGAAUUGGAUUUCCCACGUAUGUUUUAUACGAAAAUGAUUUUACUUUUAGCUUAAUAAAACAUAAAUUAUCGCAAAAAGCCCACUAUAAAACCUGAAUUUUGGGUCCUAAAACACGCGUGUGAUAUAUUUUUGAAUACCGUCUAACGUAGAUUUCGCGAAAAUACAACGGUGUAGUGGUGAUCGGUAGACCGUUUGAAAAAAAAAGUGAGGGUGAAGGUCGUUCAACUCACAGUGUUUUCCCAUCGGUCGCCCUUCGUAAAAGUACAUAUUGUAUAUACAUUAUACUCCCCCCUUUUUGUUUUUUUAUUAAAUUUUUUUUUGUCAGUUAGUUUUUCAGUUAAAACCAGUUGAGCUGGCUGCGGGAUACGCUACGUACAUAUUGAAUGCGGGCUCUAUUCUAUAGAAACACGCGAGUAUAAUAUAAUAUAAAAACAGCCCUCAUUUGUUCUGCGUAUAACUCAUUUCCCCAUAUAAUCAUCUGUUUCAAUCAAUAAUGUUUGAAUUUUUUUUCCGAAGAAAAACAGAGGAGGUGGGGGAGAACGAUAGGGUGAGUUUUAAAUAUAGUAUACUAUACUCUGGUUCAAAAUGUUUAGUAUACUGUAGCUGCUGGUUUUUAUGCGAUUAAAAUGUCUUGUAUGACCUGAUUUACCCGACAACAACGUAUAGUUUUAUUAUAUAUUUUUUUAUUAAUGUUUACUUUAUUAUUUUGUAAAAACUCUACUAUUGAAAACUCGAUUAUUAUUAUUUUUUCUACAAAAUAAAACAAGUAAUUGCUUGUUACUUUACUUAAUCAAUUUAUUUACAUUUCAUAUAACAGUUUUUUUUUUUUUUUUUUUAAAUUCUGAGUGUAUAGUGUAGACUUUAUUGAUUUUACUAUGCGUUUGAAAAAUAAAAAUAAAAUUUUUUUUAAUCAAUUUUUCUACCAGAAAUCGUACUCCAAAAAUAAAGUGUAACAUCUUUUCUUAAGGAAAAUGUUAUCAAAUUUCCCCAUUGUAGAGGUCUACAUUUUUUAUUUUCCUUUUAUAAUUUUCUAUACAAUCGGGAUAUUCGUAGGAAAAACCAAAACAUUUACGCAAUAACAGUGACCAGUUUUUAAUUUUUUUUUUUUUUUUUUUUGUAAUUCGGUUAAAUUAAUCGUAAAGACCUGACAUUUUCACAAAAUACUUAUGUUAGCCUUUUCUGGAAGUAGUAAAUUUGUUGAGCUAUUUGAAACGUUUUAUGUGGAUAAAAUCGUUUUGAACGAGUAAAAAUGAUUGAAAAUUUAACACGAGAUUCAUCAUAAGUUUUACUUAUAUGUAACCAACUUCGCUCAGAAUCGUAUUUCGUUAGAAAUGAUUCGUCGUGAUAUACAGAUAUAAAUUAAAUAAUUCUUCCCAACUUUCCACCUAAAGGUUUCAACAGUUUCACUUUUUUUUUUAAAACAAAUACAAGUCAAUUGUUUUUCUAAUUAUUAAGUAUAUUAUAAAAUAAGGCAAAACUGAAUUGUUAUAAAUAUCAAGUUUUCUUCUAUUUCUCGUGCUAUUAUUUUAUCAUCCGAACUGAUUAACGGCAAUUGAUUAGUUUAUUUUAUCAACUCGUUUAAUAUCAAAGAAUAAUAUCAUUUAAAAUUAAUUAAUUAUAUUGAUGGUCAUAAUGAUUGAUUCAUAUAGUAAUUUAAUCGAAUCACAUUCAUAUAUAAUAUACAAUCGAAGUAUAGAAACUACGUAUUUAGUCAUCAUUGACUAUAUUGUGUUGAAUACUAAAAGAUAAUUUUACCACUUUAUAGAAAUUCAAACAAUAUUGUAAGCGGUGUUGUUAGUGGAACAUUUACAAGAGCGUUUAACGAAAUAAAAACAUGAUAACAACAAACAAUAAAAAUAAACUGAAUAAACAGUCGACCGUGAUCAGUUAACAUCAACAAUCAUCUUGUAUAUUGUUCGAUUCGUUCCUCAUCGAACAGAAUUUUGAGUUUAUGAAAUCGACUCAAAUAGCAAAUGUAUGAGAAAUAGAUAGGUUUCACGAUUUGAUAAGGCAAAUUAAAAUAUCUCGAGUUUUUCAAUUUGUAUUUUCGUUUGUUCGUUUUUACUCCGUUUUAAUAUCCCUGCAGCGGAGUACUCGUAUAAGGUACAACGAUAUCAACAUAGUUUAUAGAGACGAUGCAUUAAUGAUAAAAAUAUGAAUCGCUCUCGAGGAAAAAUCUGUCGUCUGUAUACAAUCGAUUUUUGAUACUGUCAUCGAUGAGGUUGCCUAUAAUUGUUUUAACUUUAAUAUCGAUGGCAUUGGGGAAAGGAAGCCACAAUACUUUCUCUUUUAUUGAUGAUUCGGAAAAUCUAUUUUCUCUCGUGUAAAAUUGUUUAUAGUAUAUUAACAAUACUACUGCGGUGCGCCUAUUAUUUUUUUUGUUACAAGAACCUUUUUAUUUUGUACAGAUUCCGGUCCCGAAUAGAAAAAAUAACAACUCAAUCGCAGUAUUGAACAAUUUAUAAUAUUUUAAUAUACGUUUGAGGCAACAUCAAUUUAAACCAAGAUACGACAACUCCUGGCUAUUAUAGAUUCAUAAAACUAUUUUUUAGAUUUUACUAAAAUUGACUUGUAAAAUUACUCUAUGUGGACAAUUAUGUUUUAAUCAAAAAGAAAAUGUGUUUUAUAUUUUAACACAGAAUUUAGGGAAACUAUUAUUUCAUGUAUAGUUUUAUCAGAUGCAUACACGUGUUCGAAUAAUUUAAAUUGGCUUAUCCCGAGUGAAUAAAAACAUAAUAUUUAUCAGAAUAUUCCAAUUCGGUGAUUAACUGCCACACAGUAUGCUGCAGAACAAGAAUCAUCAAUAUGUACCCUGUGAUAAUACAACUCGAUCAAAUAAUUAAAUUAACUUUAAACUAUAGUAUCUAUAUUUUUAUACAAUUUUCUAAAAAUAUUUGCAACAUUAUGACUGUUUGCUUCGUUCGAUUUGGUCGUGUGUUGUUAAUAAUGACUAUAAUAUAAUAUAGUCAAUUAUUACAAUAUAAUCCAUGAUUGCCCGAUCAAAUUAAGCAUUGUGAAUAUAAUGUCUAUAUUUAGGAUAUUAUGUUAAUGACAAUGGUUUUUUUUCAUUAUUGACUCCUACUGGUAACUUAUAUCCGUUUUUAAUUCGAUUCUGAUAUUUUCGAGGCGUACCUCGGACGCAGUCUAGCUGCUAUAUGCCGGUGCACACGAAUUGUCUCUAGUCACCACAUCACAUCAAUUCCUACAACGAUGUAUUGUAAUAUAAAUUCAUGUCGAUUUUCGAUAACUAAUAAUGAAAUGUUUUGUUUUUGUCGUUGGAUUCACCAUGGUAAUAAUAUUUCGUUUCUCGUCUAUUAACUCUUGCUAUUGAUUUUUUUUAUGUAAUACAAAUGUGAAUAAUAAUAUUAUCAUUCAAAUAUUAAGAUUAUAAUACUAACUGUAGUAGUUGUAUGUUUUUAGUACAUAAAUAUUUUUCUCAAAAUAAUCGAUAUUUUUUAUAAUGGUAUAUAAUAAUUAAAACAAUAUUAUUUUAAUAUUUUGUUCGUACUCGACAUAUGAAUUUAUGAUUCUUUUAGAUUCUAAAUGUAGCUAGGACUUAUUGGUUUUACUAUGAUGUGGUUUUGUUUGUAUUUGUAAACAAUUUUUCUACCAGAAAUGUUGCCUCAAUCGAAAAAUUAAUAAAAAUUGUCUUACAAUUAUUUUUUUUUCUAGUUGGUGUGUUUAGGCGGUUAUUUUUUGUUUGUUUUGCUAAAAACAAGCAAUCUCUUGUAUAAUUUCAGUUGAUUUCCGGAUUACUUUGGCAACAAGAGAGUUGUAUUAUACCCUGAAAAUACCGGGUAACUCAGUUGGUAAAUAUUGUAUGAAAUCGAUUUUAUAUUUGAUACUGGUGAAAAAUAAUUAUUUUUAUCCGAUAUGUGGGGGUGCUAUUCGUGUAAAUGUUUUUUUUCUAAAACCGAGAGGUUUUUCGAGUAUUCAAAAUUGUUUCGAAUGUGUCUGUUCUAUACUCGUACUUGAUGUAGGCUAGUCCUUCUGGGCGUCUGCUUACAAGUUGCAGGUAUACUAGGUAAAAUGCAUUCGACGUCGUUUCUAUUGUGUCCCGAAACAUUCCGAAAAAUCCGCAUAAAAAGGGUCCGGAGCGCCGCGAGCGUUCUCCUCGUACGAGUGUACAGCAGCAGUACGAGUAUGUUUCGUCGUGCGUUCUGGUUUGUCGGGACGUAUAAGCGUCGCUGCGUGUAUUGCCCGCGUGUACCCGCAGUGCACAUCAAGACUCUGACACCGCCGCCACCGGUGCGCACAUAAUAGGGGGAAAAACUGGUUCAUGGUAGGUACAAAGACCCAUAGACCCGGGCGAAGACGUUCCCCCGCGACGUGUGCGCUCGGAUCGUUCCACCGCGCGCGCCGCCGUCCUAGUGCUCGUAAUACGAAACGGCCGUACAACGUUGCGUUGUUACGGCGGCCGCGGCGGCUGCUGCUAUCACCCGUCGGUGACUGGAUUGCGUUGUGGCCGCGGUGGUGCGGGGGAGGUGUCGAAAUGUUGGUAACCUUGACGGGAAAAUUGUUGUAUGUGUGUAUCGCCCGGCCGGGUGUAAUUGACCUGUGCCGCCGUCACCGCCUCGUAUGAACGCCUCAAUGUAGCAAAUAAAAAAAAAAAAAAAAAAAAAAAAAAAAAAAACCAAAAAUGUAUACUUUAUACGCAUUAUUCAAAUAAUAUUAUAUAUUUCUAUCACGCGAAAGCGUCCUUGUCCGUCACCUUCUUUAAGCCUGCCCAUCUCACCGUUGUCCCCUCGUGGACAGAUUUUCCCUUUAAUAAUAUAGCACUUUGAGCAUCAUAGGAUUAUAUAGACAUUCCUUCUCCCCUCUCCCCGCUCGAGAAAGAAUAAUGUUCAAAAUAGUACUAUAAAUAUUUAAAAUCGCAAAGAACUCAUAGUACAUUAGCAUUGUAUUUAAAUAAAUAAAAAAAAAAAAAACCUCUAAAUUGUUCUUUUCAUCAAUAUUGUCACAAUAGUUUUUUUUUUCAUUUCUAGAUGAUCUUGAUAUUUUUUUUUCGCUGUGGUUUAUUUUGUAUAUGUUAUAUUAAUAAUGAUUGCAGUGAAACAAACACAUUUUGCAAUUCCGCAAUGUUAUUUUUUUAAACAUAUUUAAAAUAAAUAACUGGUUUUAAAUUACUUAUACGAUAUAGGUAUUAUUUUUAUAUUAUCAAAUGGUUUAGUUAUCUUUCGUUAUUAUUGUAAUAUUACAUUGUUUUAUAUGUUUUGUUGAUGACGGUGGAAACGUCUUUUCUCAAAAUUGUCUGUAAAGGGGUUUAUUGCUCUUUUGAAACAAAAAUCUAGAUCCCAACAAUUUUUCUAAUCAAAUUUAAAAGAUCCAAAACGGUACGUAUGUAUUAUUUUUGUAGAUUACUCGGUGACCCUAAUAGUUACAAGGGGAAACGACACAACUAUAAUAAUAGUGUCUAUAAUGCUGUACAAGUUUACCGAACUCUGCUCAGAAUCGUGUAUUGAUCGCAAUGAGUUAUCGUUGUUUUCGAUAAAUAUAAUAGUAAAUCUGCUCUAUAUAUAUAUCCCAUACACCAUUCCAACUUUCCACCUUACACAACAGUGACCCUACCCCCGCCGCCGUGCGAAAUGCGUCCGACUUAUAAAUGAUAAUUAGAAUCCACUUUUUCGUCUUAUUAAUGCCGCCGUCCCGGCUCUCGUUACCGUUUUUCUGAUAUUUGGGUUACGCGUAACUCCGUGACACGGAUUUCCCGAACGGUCGCCGAUGCGCAAUAAUACCCGGCGGUCGUUCUACAUUUCAUCGCGUGUGUUUGCCCCGCCGUUCACACGCUCCUCGGACGGAAACUCAAUAUAGUCUGUGUAUUAUAAAGACGAAAUCCAAUCGUGUCCGCGACACGACGGCGCGUAGAACAAUAUGCCCGUAUGUUUAAUUACUAUUAUUGACGUAUUUUAACAAUUUUUUUUUUCCAAUGUUUUUGAACCGCUCACUCGACCCUCCCCCCCCCUUAAAUAUCGUGUAUACUUAACGGAUUUUUAACGAUUUAGUCCCACCGUUUUAUUUAUCUAUAUAUAUUUAUAUAUUCUUCCGGUCGUGUACACACAUAUUGGUACUCGCUGUCGGUGGCGGAGCAAGUCGUUCGUAUAUGUAUCGCGUGCGUGUGUGUGCGAGUAUAACGAACAAGACAGUCACUGCACACGAUGUGUGUCCUCCAUCACGGGUGGCCAUUUUCGUGUUUUUUGGGACGUGUAAUUUUUUUAUUAUAAGUUUUUUUUUGCAUUUGCGUUUGCAUCAUUUGCCGCGCGCCUAAUAAUAAUCGGUUCGGUCGGGCGGCUCCUAUAGUAUAUUAUGCCGUUAAAUCCAGAAAACCUUGGAUAACGCAGCGGCGGUUUUAAACGAUUCGUUUUCUUCUUAGGUUACCAAUAUGUAUUGUAUAACGCAUCCGACUGUCCGCAUUCUCGCGCGCUCGAUCGUCGAGGGCAUCACCGCGACGACAAUCAAGGUGUUCUGUCUGUCUCUGUCUCUCUCUCUCUCCCUCUCCCUCUCUCUUUCUCUCUCUCUCAUUUUUUCCUUUGCUCAGCCGCCUCUCCGCAAUCCCCUAAAGAGUCAUCAUAAUCGCGCAGCGAUGUACCGCCGUUUCUCCCCUAUUUUACUGCGCACUUGUACAUAUAUUGAUCAUCGUCAUCCUACUCCGAACGGCAGCCCCAUCGAAUGAGCAUAUAUAUGUAUAAUCACGACUAUAUUAUACUGCACGAGGCUAAAUUCGCAGUCGAAAAAAAAAUCGAAUCCCACUACGGUGGCAGUAGUGUUGGAGCCCUUUUCAUUUUUUCCCUAAAGUCCGCGUCGGGUGUGUGUGCAUAGUAUGCCGCGUGUGAUCGGUGCAGGGUGCAGGAAGAGGGUGCGGCGGUAAACGCACGAGUAUAUAAGCCACUGCUCCCCGUCGUAUACCACGCGUUUACUGCCCUCGGUAUAUACGGGCGCCACCCGGACCGUCAACGGCACAGGACAGUAAUUUAAAAUCCGACUUUGUCGGCGGCGGGGUCGGGCGCGCAACGUAAUGAUACGGUCGCCAUGGUUACGGCCGCCGUCGAGGCAGAUGGCCCGGCGACGCGACCCGAGACUGACGACGACGCCCCCGUUUCCUCUUGUGGCGGCAGUCGUACGUCCCGCCCCAUCGCCAUUCGGCCCCGGUGGCUCGGUGGCUGCCUUCGGCAGUGGUGGUUGUAGUACAGUAUGCGGGUCCGCUGCUAUAUAGCAGAAGGGGAUUAAUAAUUUUGCAAUCCCGGGCCACGAGAUCGUUAAAAACACGAGACGGUACCGUUGUUGGGUCACUUCGUAUUUUCCACUAUAUUAUAUAUACGUUCACCUAUAUAUGUCCUAUAUUAUACAUAUUUCGUAAGAUUGUGAAGACCGUAAAGUCUAAAAUAUUCGUAUAUUACAUGUUAUAUACGUAUAUAAACAAAUCCAUUUCAUUAUAUUAUUAUUUGGUUCCAAUAAAGAAGGACUUAAAUCAUAUUUGGAUAAUUCCUAAUACAAAUAAAUUUUGAAAUUUUGAAAAUACAUAUAUUUUUACAUACACGUAUGCACUCAUUUUUAAAAUAAUUGAAAAAAAAAAAACGAAAAUAUACUUCGCUCGAUGGCUGUGCCAUUCUUGUAGGUGAGAAGUUGGGAAGGUAGAGGGGAAGUUUAAUGUAUAUCUGUUCGUAAAAAUUAAUCAUUUACAAUGAAAAACGAUUCAGAGCGGAGUUAGAUUAUCGGUUAUAGAUAUUUUGAAAGGCGGUAAUGUUUACGAUUUUCGUCUAAAUUUGAUAUUAAAAUUCUACAUUUCACUUAUUUUUUUUUUGACCCCUAAGUACGACUUUUAAUAAACCUCUUAUAAAAUUUUCAAGCAUUUCUGUUUGGUCCAACAAUUUUAUCUACAGUGUAACUAUCAAAUACAAAUUACGUUAAACAAUCGCAAAAUUAAAAUAUCUAUAAGUAAUUCAAAAAUAGCUAAAAUGUUUUGAAAAUCUUACCAAGUCUAGAAAAGGUAAAUAUAAAUAUUCUGUUCAAAUUUCAAGUCAGCGAAUAAUUUAAAAUAAUUCACAAUAAAAAAACAAAAUUGGAAAUAAUAAAUGUCGUAAAUUUUUCCCUUUUUCUAGAGUUUUUCCUAGUUUUUCACAAUUAUUAUGAAAACCUCUUGAAAAAACAAAAUAUGACCUCUUUAAAGUACCACCCAGAUAGUAUUUCAUUUCAGUAAAGAUGCUACAUUUGAAAAUCUGAGCAAUUUUUCUGGUUAAAAAGUUGAUCACAGAUUAAAAAAAACUGCCCCAGCUUAAUAAUGGGGAUUAGGAACGGGUGCGGCUACUGUUAUAGGUAAUUUUAUAUAUAUCUGUAAGCAAUGAUUUACCAUUGCUAAGGAAAAAACUAUUUUGAGUGGAGCUAGGUUGAUAGUGUUCUUUUGUCAACAAUAUACUAUAUGUUAUGGUAAAAUAAUUUCAUAUGAAUUACUCAUAUUGUCUUCAAAAAAUAAUAUUUGUUUUAUGUUGUUCUUUUUUCCCGUUUUCCCCAUUUAUUGGGAAAAUCAAAAAUUGACCUCCCCAGUCCGAUAUCCUUUUAGAAAAAGUGCUACCAUUGAAAAUUGGAACAAAAAACUGGUAGAAGAGAGGUCCAUAGAAAAAUAAAAUAAAAAUAAACAUCAUUAUAAAUCCAAUACAUUCAUUGUUUCGCUCAGAAUCUAAAAAUGUCAAAAGAUGACUUAAGACCUUUUAAGAACUAUCAAUCCCUUUUGAAAAAUUUUAAAUUAGAAUCAUUUAUUAUAAAAAAUUAGAGGCAGAAAAAUACGAAAAUUCGAACUAAUAGAUAGUUUAAAAAUUUAAUUGUAUUAAAUUUAUUUUGAAAGCAGGUUUAAAUUCUGGAAUAAAAAUUCUGACCAAAAAAAUUUCUAAUUGAACUAUAUUUAAAUCAUAAAAUUUAAAUUUUUUCUACCAGCAAUUUCGUUUCGAUGUUUAAUGAUAGUACUUUUUCUAAAAGGAAAUCGGACUGGGAAGGUUAAUUUUUAAUUUUCCUAGCUGUUUUCAUAAUAAACUGAGAAAAAACGGGAAAAUUAAACAAAUAUUAUCGAACUCCACUCAGAAUCGUAUUUCGUUAGCUAUGAUUAAUCUUUGCGUAUAGAUAUACAUUAAAUUCCCCCUCUACCUUCUCAACUUCUUACCUAUAACAGUUCACCCAUCGUGCGAAGUAUGUUUGUUUGAUUUGAUUUUUAUGUAUAAAUCCAAGAAAAAUACGACAGUGUAUCGUAAAAAAUUACAUUCUUACCAUGGGCAAAAUGGUGCAACUCAAAAUUGCUGUUUUUUUAUUUUUUUUGAGUUACAAGUUUACAACAAUAAUGUUUUAUUUGUGCGAUAUACUUAAGUAUAUGUGUAUGGUAUAUUUUUAUUUAGAAGUCGCUCAACGUUCAUAACAGUAUCCGGAUACGGCAAUGACCGCUGUCGUCCCACACACUCGCGCGCGCGCUGACAAGUUAUUAAAUAUUAAUCUUCGCGAUUAUACCGUUCAUAACCAUAAUAAACUAUCUAUAUAGCCCAUAUAGGAUAGAUAGUAUUAUACGUAUAUUAUGCGAGUAGUUAAUAAUCAGAUUAAAUUUCCAAAACCCUGAUCAUUAUUUUUAUUAAAAAUUAUUUUCAUUGGUUGUAUUUAAUUGAUAUCGGAUAGCUAGGUUAGGUUAGGUUCCUUUUCUAUUCGGGAAUUUCACUGAAAUAAACAACACAUCAUGUAUUUUUAGGGGUGUUUUUCGGGAGGAGGGGGUUUAUAAAUCAUUUAAUCGUAAGAAAUUAAAAAUUAAGAAUAAAUGUUUUAUCAGUAUCAUUACCACAGUCAGUCUUCGAAUUUGUAUGCACCUUGGGUUUUUAUGACCCAAAUGAAUUUUGUUGAAUAUUUUUGGUCGAUUAAUAUACGAUUCUUUUAAAAUGAAAUUUUCCACUAUAAAUUUGGUCAAAGAAUGUAUUAUUAUUUCAUAAGAUUGGUGAUUAAAACCUAUUUUUGUAAAGGCGCAUAUUCCAUCAUCGUUCAUAUAAUGUAUAAUAUUAUCGAAUUUAUAUCUCAAAUUCCUCGUUCCACUAUUGCACCGUUGCGUUCAAAACCUUAAGGAAAAUCAAAAUUAUAUAUAUUCUAUUAAUUAUGUUUAUUAAUAAAAUGUAAUAUCGUGUUAGUCUAAAAUCGGUAAUAUCCCGACGAAUCCUGGACGUAUAGCAACCGACAUAACAUGAAAUACACUGAAAAUAUCGUUUGAUCUUCUUGGUGCAUUCUGGACAUCAUAUUUCGAUUUCCUUUAUAGUUUUCUUAAUAAAUAGAAAAAACUGACAAUUUUGAAAAUCAUUUUUGGCGAUUUCCGGGUCACUUUGGCAACAAGGGAAAUAAAUCGCACUUAUACAGUGUUCGGAAUCGUUCUUCAUUAACAAUGAUUUAUCAUUACGUAAUGAUAUAAACUACAUUACCUAUUAUAUAUAUUCUCCCUUCCAACUUCUCUCCUAAAACAGUGAUACACACUAUACACCUAUCAGCAGUAUCAGCUUUUAAUAUAGAAUUGCGACAAGUAAAACGUUGUCAAAAUGGCGAGAAAGAUUUAUCGCAUAUUUUAUGAUUAUCGAGAUUUGUACCAGAAUUUUGCGCUGGAUUUUGCAAAUUAUUUAUAUAAACUAUAAUAUAUUUUGGUGAUUUAUUUGAUGUAUCGCCGAGCACGAGCAUAUCAUGAUGGUUUUUUUUCUCACCCUGUAUAUACGUAUACAAUAAUAAUAACAAAAUAAUAAUCGAUUUCGAACGGAAUCCGUUAACUACACGAGCUAUACGUGCAAUUAACACGCGACUUAAAUUGUCAGAAGGGGUUAUUGACAUGCAGUUGUUACAGUUUAUCGCAUUACUUGUACGAGUUACUUACAUAUAAUAUAAUCAUCAUCGUACAUGUGUAAUGUGUAUGAAAUCACAAGAUUUUUGUUUUAUUCGUUCAAACAUUAUAUUAGAUACGAUAUAUUCCUUCUUGCAGCGAUGUGUAUAGUUUAUUGGUUUGCAACAACCUCACAAAAAAAGAAAAACAGUAUUCGCUCCCUCUGUAUACAGAGGUCCCAAGAUGGUUUGACACUUAAAAUAACUUUUGUUCUAUUCAAUAUUUUUAAAUAACCAGUAUGCUUCUAUUAAUAUAUAAUUUUUUUUUUUUAAAUGGGGAAGUUCAAAUAAAAAAAUUAAAGAAAAUUUUUGGACAAUUUUUUGAAGUUUUAUAAAUUUGAAUAUUAUGGUCGUUUAUAUUAUAUUAUAAUAUUUAAUCAAUCAGAUUAAUUAUAUUGUAUAAUAUUAACUCAUGGAGAAAAAAAUCAUUCGAUACGAAUGCCACUUGUUCGAAAAAUAAUAAGAACCGUUUUCAAAAACCUGUCCCUGUCACAUAUUAACAUACUGGACAUAGUGCACACUAAACAAAAUACUACCUGACGUGGUUUUGCAUAACAAAUCAGGGUUUAUUUUCAAUUAAUUUCCUCCAAAGUUUUUAAUUGUAAAUUGUAAUUUCUCCACCAAAAAAAAAAAAAAAAAAAAAAUUAUAUAUAUUAACUGUAGCGUAGAGGUAUAUUAAUUAUUAAAAAAUACGUCCUAAAAUAACGGAGAUGGGUGCAGUCACUGUUAUAGAAAAUUUAUUGUAUACCUGUAAACUGAUUUCCCAAGUUUUUCCCGGUUUUUCAAAUUUGCUGGGAAUAUCCAAAAAUGACUUCCUUAAAGUACCUCCCUAGUCAGCUUUACUUUCAAAAAAGUGCUAUAAUUGUAAAUUAGAGAAAAAUUUCUAGUAAAAAAGUUGUAUACAGAAAAAAAAACCAUGAUAUUUCUUUACUAAUUCCUUUUUCAACAUUUUAUCCCAGUUCUUCCUAGGUAUGAAAACCGCUUGAAAAAUCAAAAAAUGACCUCCAUUGUAAUUCUACCAUGGAUAUAAAAUAGGUACAUCCAAAAUGCAUUUGUUUCUUCUCUGUUUAGGGUUAAAAGGGGAAUAAUAAGUGCAAAACAAUUUUUUUCGAAACACUGGUUUGACUCGUGAACACUAAGAUAACAAUAGGUAUGUAUAACUAUUCAGCUACGACAAACACAUUAGAGAAUAGUCAAUAUAGAAUUAUUUUACAUAACAUAUAAUAUUAGAACUUCAAAAAGCUAUAAUUUCGAAACUUAGUCAGUCCGCUUAAUUCAACAUCACUAUUAUAUCGGCAAUAUACAAAUCAAGUGAUCAAAAAAAAAAAAAAAAAAAUGAACAUUUAGAUUUGUUCCACAUAAUUUUUUAUUCGAAAAAUUUUCGUCAAAAUUUGAUAUUAAAAUUUCUUGAUAAAUACUACAUUAAACUCAUUUUUUUUUUUUUUUUUUUGAUUACAAAUUAAGAUUCCUUAUGAACCUGUAAAUCUUGAAUCAUUUCUGAUCAAGUCUUACAAUUUUACCACAGAGUACCUACCAAAUAAAAAUCACGUACAAAAAUACCCUUACAAAAUUAAAAUUUGUAUACAUUUUCUGAAAAUUUUACUUCAUCUAGAAAAGGUAAAUAUAAUUUUUCUGUAUAAACUUCAAGUCUAUGAAUAUUUUUAACUGAAUUACAACAAAUAAUGAAAUUGAAAAAUAAUAAAAGCAUUAUUUUCUUAAAUUUUCCGUUUUUCUUAUUAUUUAUCCUGGUUUUUCUCAGAUAUUAUGAAAACCGAUUGGAAAAUCAAAAAAAUGACCUCCCAAAGUACCAUCUGAAUAAUAUUCCCUUUCAGAAAUGGUGCCGCUAUUAUAUACAUCGAAGCAAGAUUUCUGGUAAAAUUUUUGUACAUAGCAUAAAAAAAUAAAUAAAUAAAUAUCUUGGUAAAACCAAUACAUUAUUCGUUACACGCAAAAUUUAAAAAAAUGUAUACCUUUAUUUAAAAUAUUGAAUAGAACGUAAGUAAUUUUAAUAGUGUUAGAUCAUCGUAGUACACUCUGUAUACAUAUAUAUAAAUGGUGAUUAUUUUUUUAGCGAAAUUGUUUAUAUCAAAAAGGUCUUUUACAGAUUUAUAAUAUUCAAGCGAACGCAUUCAUAUUUAAAGUUUAUAUAGUAUAUACUAUGUACGUAUACGCGAUGACAAUGAUCUAUUUUGAUUGCAAGGUAUUCUUUUAUCCUGAACUAGUGUUUCUCAAUUCGGAGGAGAGGGUUUGAUAUUUUUUUUUAAAAAAAACAUAUAUUUCAAAUAACGUAGAUAUAAUAAUAUAAUAAUUAAUGAUAACAAUUUUUAAAUUGUAGAAUUUAUAUGUAUUUAUUUAUAUUUACUAAUUACUAUGCUUACCUAGCAUAACUAAAAAGAAGCUCACUAGUUAUUUUUGACCAUUAUAAAAAGGGGAUGUAAGUUUUUAAAUUCACUGUGUAUCUGUAUGAUUUCUUCGGUCGUUGUAUUGUAUAGAAUUUAAUCUUAUUUUUACGACAUUUUCACAAUUUAUUUCGCGGUUUGUCUCUAAAAAUCGUUUAAAAAUGCCAUUAGAAAAAAGACAUAUAUAGGUUUUUAUCAUAUUAAAUCGUCAUCUUACAUUAUAAACGGAUUAUCAAUUUGAGCAAUAUAAGUUUUGUCCUCCGCGCGUAUAAUUCGGUCAACAAUUUAACAUUUUCGGUACAGUUAUUUUAUUUAUUAAUUUUUUCGGUUGCAAUAUGGCAUGUAAUAUAUAUUAUUUACAAUUUAUUAAACACGAUGAUAACGGCCACAUGCGCGUUUAAAUUACGUAUAGUCACCUCACCUCUACUCGUACAUUUUCUCGCUCAUCGCUUCCUCGCUGACACCGUUCAUACGUAUGUUAUGAAUAUGUAUAUAUCCCUCUCUGAUGUGUACCACACACGUGCGUCCCGGUUUAACUUGAAAUUUGUUCGCACGGGUCCCCCGCGAAACGCAAAUAGAUUUUCGGGCGAUUAAAACUCGCGCGUCGACGUGUUUUGCACUGCGAACCGUUGCAUGCGGGCGUCGUCGUGUGUGUCGAAAACUGGCGGAAAUUUAAUAACUAUAACGUAACAUCGUCUCGUAUGCGUAUUUUGCGUACGUGCGUUCUUCCGUAUUGCUGCACUCGCGUUAAUUAUAUGUACAUCGAUGAUAGUAUUUAAAAAAAAACCGAACGUUUUCACACAUCAUGCAAAAAUCGUGGCAGGCCCCUAGUGUUGUAGGCAGAAAAAUUUAGAAGGUACGAUAAAGUGAUUUGGUUUAAAUAUAUAUAUAUAUAUAUAUAAAAGAGAGACAGACAUUAAAGCAAACGAUUCUAAGCGAACAAGUUCGGUAAAUUUAUAUUAUAUAGAUUGUGGUUCCCUCUUGUAAGUUGUAAUAACCAGAAGAGGUAACUCAGAAAUCAACGAAAAUAAAACCAAUGAUAUUAUUGAUGAUUAAUCAUUGUGGGUUUUUUGGUUUUUAAUUUUUAUGAAAAUAAAUACAACCUGGUGGAAAAAAAUGUGCGUUUAAAAUGAAGGUUGCCUUACGGAGAUACGACUUGAAUAAUUAGGAACAUUUUUACUAAUCAAAAACCUUUUUUUUAGAGGAAAAAAUGCGUGCACACGUCUUAGAGAAAUACUCUAAUAGCAGCUUCGCUAUACUGGGAAUCUAAAAAAAAUCACGUUUUCGUAUUAUUUAUAAUACAGUUUCCGGAGAAUUCGAUUUUUUUAAAUGGAAAAGGCGUUACUGAAUAUCAUAUUUUCGUUUCCUAUACACGGACGUUGGCGCCAACUCAAUCAUCGCCGUCGAGUCAAUAAUAUAUGGUUAUACGUCAAAUUGACGAAAACUAAUAUUUAAAAUAGCUGAUAUUGCUGAUAGUUGUACCACUAUUGUAAGUGGGAAGCUGGGUAAGUAGGAUACAUAAAGUUAUUUAAUAACGAUAAAUCAAAAAUGCUAACAAAAUAUUAUUCUGAGCAAAGUUCGGUUGCAAAAUAUCAUUUUGAAAUGCCUUAAUUUUGUUUACGAUUUUCGUCAAAGUUAUAAUAAAGUGCGCGUUUUGCUUGUUUUUUCUGUUCCGACGUAUUUCAAGUUUUAACUCUUAGUUAUAAUUUAAUCAGUGUAUGUAUGAUUUAAAGAUUAUUAAUAUAAAUAUUCAUCACUUUUAAGGCUAGUAUUUUCGCUCUUUUUCUGCGACUGCAUUUAUCAAAAGUCGAACGUUGUGGCGUUUUAUCAAUAUGUUCGAUCUGGGUUUCUGAUCUAGGGAUCUGCCCUCGCAUCUUGUCGCGAAAAAGCCGCGUAGACAAGGAGCGAUUGCAUCGAGAGCGAAGUACGUCGCGCCCGUUAUUAAUUUCUCGCACGUCCCUUCCGCGGAAGCCGUGCGCGUCGCGCCGAGUGUCGCCGCAUUAAGUAAUGUAUAGAUGGCAGCGAAAUCGGGGCCACAUCCAAAACGGGGUGGAUGUCUUACCCGACCAUCCUGUCGUCAAGGCCACCGCCGCGAUCUCCCGGGAUUGCACUGCAUCCUAGCCUCUCGCGGGUUGCUGUUUUUUCGCCAAACAAUUAUCGCGCUUAUUAUUCGGCCUCCGUGGUAUGUAUGAUCAAAACGCUCAUUUAUUAUCUGAUGUUUACACAUUUUAACGAGAGUAAAACUCAAAGUGCAUCCUGUUUAAAACACUAAUUAGAAAAUAAUAUAAUAUCGAUGCAAUAUUUCACAAAUUUAAUUAUUUAACAUUAAGUGCGAGGACACGACUUUCACAUCAUCGUCAUGUAUAAAUUCAAAAUCGAUUCGGAAAAUUGAAUAUUAUUAAUACUGUUCAUUAUUGUUUCGGAGCGGUCUGUGGAUUUGUUUUCCUUCGCGGAGCAUGUACACGCUGGACUGUACAACCGCCACCCCUGUUGCAGUCGCUUUCUACCGCCGUCUCGCCCUCCAGUCUUCUACGCCACUGUCUCGCAUUCAUCGCAAACAGUAUUAUAUGUAUAUAAUAAAACACACGGGUUUCCCUCUCGCGUAUAUAAUAACACAAUACGAGACGACAAAGUGCGCAACAAACUUACACGAGGCACAAACCCUAGCAGGGUGGUGACCGCGCAAAACUACCGAAGGGUAAAACUGCCGCUGCCAUCGAAUGUGUAUUAGUGUGUGUGAGUGUGUGUGUUUCUGCGCACGCGCGCGCGGAUAAGUAGGAAAGUCGGAGACGAAAACAACAGAGGCUGGCGGUGGCUUAAUUUAUACGGUGACGGCGGCGCCGUCUGCCCGGUUUUCGGGGACUGUAUAUUUUGAGUGAAAAAAUACUUGCGAUAAUCGACUGUAGUGUUCCUACUCCCAAAUUGUUCAGGUAGUCGUUAUGAUUGAAAAUAUAUCUCCUCCCCGCUCAUUACCGUUUUAGCAAGACGCAUAGUAUAAUACAUUCUGUAAAAGAUUAAUGUUUUCGGGUAUGUAUGUUAUGUACACUAUAUGCGAACGACUCGCGUAACCUAUCAUAGCGGUAUAGAAUUGAUUUUGAUCAAUGGUACACUCAAACAAACCGAUAUUUAUACUUGGGCGUUUAUUUUUUUCCGAAAGCGCACCUCUUCAAUAGAUACGUUCACAACUGAGUACAUUUAGGCUGCAGAGCGUCGUAUAAGCUCUCAUAAAAGAUGUCCAAAUUUGUUAUCUAUAUCUGCUUUUAAAAUCGUUAUAUUUAAAUGUAUUAUCCAUCACAGUAAAUAAAAGUAUUUCAUUUUUAUUUUUUCUACUGGCAUACCUAUACUCUCUAAGGGUUUUCAACUCCCUAACUUAAUAAAUUUUUUUCUUCCGCGUUAAUUCAUCUUUUUCGGGAUCUUCAUAGAGGCGGUCAUUUUCUCGAGGUUUCUAUUCCAUUUCUACUCAUCUACUGUCUCGUUUUCACCUCUCUUUUCAUUAUAUGAAUAACCAUUUUAUCAUUUAUGACCUACCAUCGAUAAAACAACUAGCGUACGUUAAAGUACAUUAAACGUACGAAUUUUAAAAACUAUCCGAUCCUUAUGAUGGACUUAUGACGAUCUCUGAUGCUGUACGACAGAAUUUAAUGUGCUAUUUCUUCACUCGUUUCUUUUGUUGUUAAACGGUGGCUUUAUUCUAUUUUUUUUUUCAUUUAUACUUUAUCCUUGAUUGUAAUACAUUUCAACGCUCACGAGAAAACGUAGGUAUAUUAUAUUAAAAUAAUAUUCGUACUUCACCAAGGAUUUAUAUAUUGAUUCCCAUAAUGGUGUCUUCGUCGAUUAAACACGCGUACUUUCUUAUUAUAUUAUAUUAUAUUACCGAAUAUAAUAUUCGAUUAUUUUAAAUGAUAAUAAGCUAGACCAGUUAUUUUAGAUUUCGGGUGUAGUGAGGGAACUAUUGGUUUUACAAUGCUGUAAAUUUGCAAUUUUUUUUUUGCUUUAUUCUAGUCGGUAGACACGUUUUUUCCAAGUAAACUUGCUCCGAUCUUUAUGAACCACUAGUUCAAGUUGUCUAGAUUGUACUUAAUACAGGUCAUUUUUUGAUUUGCGCGGCCAUUUUUUAAAUAAAAGCAAUUAAGUGGGAAAAAACGUAGGAAAACGUACAAUUUCACGAUUUCAUUAUUUUAUAAAAACACGGACGACGUUUUCUACCAGAAAAAAUGAUUUAAUCGAAAAAUCACAAGAUACCUUUUUUGUUGCUUUUUUAAUUUACUUUCUUACGGUGUAUUGCCAAAACUUUUGAGCUUUUAAGGAAUUUUAAUUUUUGGGAGUUUUUUUUACUGUAAUUCGAUUAUAAAUACGCGUAAAAACUUGAAACUUGGUAAUAAUAUUUAUAUUGAACUUACCUAGAUGUGGUAAAAUUUUCAAAAUAAACAGACGACUUUUUUUCCUUUUUGUAAUUUUUUUACAGUGCUACUUUUUAUAUAUAUAUGUACUGUAGACCACUUUUAUCCUUAAAAACAUGCUCCAAUGUAUAAGUGUAUCACCUUUUCUGAAAGUCAAUUUUAUCUACUUGGUAAAUACAUAAGUCAUUUUUUGAUUUUCAAAACGGUAUUUGAAAUAAAAAACGAUUAACCUAGGGAAAAAAAUACAAUUUUUUUAUGAUUUCGUUAUUUUAAAUAAGUACCUACCACGUUUUUUAGCACAAAUAUGGCACCAAUUGAAAAACGACAAGAAAUCUUUUUUGUUGAAUUAUUAAUCUUGUUUAAAUAAUGUGGAUCAAUUAAUGAUUUUCAAAUUAAUUUUCAUAAUAAUCGGAAAAAAACGUAGGAAGGUUAGGUUAAAAAAAAAUUACAGCACUUUAAAUUAUGUAUUGUCGAAGUGCGCUCGAAAUUGUCUUUCGUCAGCAAUGGUUUAUCAUUACAGGUAUAAAUGAAUUAACCUUAUACCUACCUUCCCAACUUCUCACCUACAACAGUGGCCCCACCCGUCCCCAAUAUCAGCUUUUUUUUUUUUCUAUGGAAGUAUUCAAAUCAGAUUCGUCGGCGAGUCAAUUAUUGGUAUUAUUAAAUUGUGUAAUUAUAAUAUUAAAUCUUUUGUUUAAAUGUAUUAAUAUAUGUAUGCGUAUACGAAACAAACGCCAUCACAAUAUUACAUAGGUUUUAUAAAACCAGAUAUACCUGCAGUGAACGAUUAGCGCGUGUAAUAUAAAAAAAAUAGUCGAAGAAUCUUUUUUUUUUCGUUUCGUUUAAGUGGUUUUUUUAACGUUACCCGACAGCGAGCAUUACAAUAUAAUAUUAAGAAAUAUCAUUGCCAAGUGAUAAUAAAAUACCAUACGCCGCGGCGGCGGUACAUGGUCAAAUCGAGAGUAUAUAUGUACCUACUAUAUAGAUAAUUCAUUGUUUGCGGACGUUGACAAUAUUUUUAUCCGCUAUCGUCAAGGAUACUACACUGCAAUAAGUGCAUGUCGUGUAUAGUGCAUUGAACAGGUGCAGUUUAUUCUUUUGUUUCCCGAAAUCAAGAAAUUAUUCGAUUUUCUAACAGUCGACAACGUGCCGAGCGAUGAUUGUUUUGUGGCAAUCUCCUCUAGGAAAAUUUGGAGGUAUUCACGAAUUGCCUCCGAUCUGACCCUCGAAUUGCUUCACAUGAAUUUUAUUUUUAAAAAGGUUACUCGAAUUGCUUCCUAUUUUUAGGUAGUGAACCUUUUAUACUCGAAUCGCCUACUAUAUUCAUAAUUCAUCGAUUUCUAACUUUACAUUAUAGGAAAUAUUAAAAAUUAAAUUCAAAGUCAAAGUUGAUCGAUUUAAUGUUUAUUAAGAUUAAUAAAUAAUAAUAAACAUAUUAAUAUGUUAUAUAGUCAAAAUAUUAAGUUUGUACAUACAAUAGUUAUAAAUAUUUCAGUAAAUAGUUCGAUAUAGUAGUAAUAAUUAAUAUUAAUAAAAAGUAAUAAAUAGGAAAUGCAUAAAAUAAUUUAGACAAAAUAUGAAAAUGUACGGAAAUACCGUACCUAUUUCUUAAAAAUAAUAUUUUUGAACAUUACGGAAAUUUAUAUAAUAAUCGAUAGUAUAGGUACAGUUAUCUAUGUAUUAAUUUAUUUUAUUUUAUUAGAAUAAACGCCAAGCGGCUUUUGGAACAAUAAUAUAUACAGAGUAAUAAAAGUUACAAUUUAAUGAUAAAUAAUGUAAAAUAUAAAAAAAAAACAAUCGUAAAAACAUAUAAAACUAAUUUUACAAUUAUUUUAAAGAGAAUUACCAAUAAUUAAAACUAUAAUGUGAGGUGUUGAAGCAGGACAGAGUAUGAAUAAAUUACACAUUACUGUAGGUUUUCGACAUCAUUCUGAUCAGAGGAGAAUUUUUAGCAAAAUUAGUAUGGCUAACUGGUAGGUAAAAUAAUCUCUUAAACCUGGUGCUACCAGAGACACAAAUUUCGAGUCGUUCUAACAAACGGGGUGCAUCAAUAUAUUCUUCAAUAAGCCCAUUAAUAAAUCGAUAACUGGAGAUAUUACGACGUUCGGUUACAAAUUUAAGACCAAGAACAUUGUUAAUAUGACUAUAAUCGUAGAGUGGGUAUUGAAUGUUAAGACAAUAACUGGUAAAACUCAGAAAACGGUUCUGAAAAUUGUCUAGAUGCUGUAUGUCCCUUAAGGUAUAAGGGGACCAAUGAACAACCUCAUAUUCUAAUAACGUGCUUACUAGCAAGCUAAAUAAUGAUGAAGGACAUUUGGGACAGUCGAAGUUCGAUGAAUGACGCCUUAAAAAACCUAGUACAUGGAGAGUUUUGCAAACAAUAAAAUCAAUAUGAGGUCGAAAAUCAAGUGAGGGAACAUAGAGGAAGCCCAAAUCCUUAACUUCGAUAACGCGUAUGAGGGGAAAAGAUUCAAAACAAUAACCAAACUUAAUAAAUUCUCUGGUGCGAUGAAAAGUCAUUACUUUACAUUUAUUGGUAUUUAUGGUUAUUUCCACUGAAUUACACCAUCUAGCAAAUUUGGUUAUAGCGUUCUAGAGAAGAAAACAGUCAUCAAGAGAAGAGAUAGCAUAGACAAUUUUGGCGUCACCAGCAAAUUCAGCAAAUUGUGGAACUUAGAUCAGAAAGGAUACUAGGGUAAUCAACUCUAAUCUAGUGAAAUCAUGAAACAAAUGUUAUUUAAUAAUUAUUAAUCUAAAUAUGCUAUAGGAGACAAUUCGAGAGUUACCAAAUUUGGAUGUGUGGAUGAACUCUAAAUUUAGGCCAAAACCCAGAGUAGUGUAUAGAAGUUUUUCAGAUCGGUUAGGUUAGGUACGGACAAAACGUCCUUUAACAUUAUAUGUAAACAACAGAAAAUACAUAAAAGACUAUUGAGAAUUUACGAAACCAGUAUAGGCGUGUGCUAUUCAUUUAUUUAUUAUCUAUUAAUUUAUUGUGGUGUACGGGGCCAUGGUUUUACGGUAGUCAGAAAUUUAUAUGAAAUUCAGGAAUUUUUUCAAUUUAAUUAAUUUGAUUGAAUAUUUCGAAGGAAAAAAACGACGUUAAAACAAUUGUUUCAAUAUAUUUUAUUUAUAUACAUUUUUAAUAAUACUAUAAUAUAUUAAUACUUUUUUAAAACACAUAAGUAGGUUAGGUACCUAUGUUUACCUAUGUGUUUUAAGAGGAGUGAAAUUAACGAAGAAUAUAAUAACUGUUAUUUACUCUAUGACAAUCAUUUAGAAAUAUCGUAGCAAUCAUCAGGAUUGUGUGUCGGCUAUGGUAUUAAGUAUUUACUAUUUAUAGGGACAUAUUCCUUAAAGAUGUCUCUUGUAUAUCAGCGUGAAUACGCUCCGUCGAAUAUAAGUAAUACUAGUAAUAAUAGUGUCGUCGAUUACCCGUUUUCUUUUCCAUUUUUUUUUUUUUCAAUUUUAUUUUAUUUUUAAAACGUCAAAUAGAUGUCCUAAAAUGCACAUGGUGUUUCGUUGCUCCACAGAUCUAUCCAUCAUUCUAAAAAUACGGUUUAUUUUAGAGUUCUGUAUAUGGCCCAUAAUUUGUGUUUAUGUUAGUGACGGGAGAGACAAUCGCAUCGGGGUUGGUCUCUCUUGUUCGUAUUUAUUGUAUUUUUAAUUUAUGUAAAAGUUUCGUCCCUGUACAACUGCGAUAUAUUAUAAGUAGUUUCAAAAUCACAACCAUUCCAUAAUUUCCUUAACUAACAAUCGACGAUUAGAUACGUGAUAACCGAACUGAUGCAGAGCGACUUACAUAAGAUUAUCGUUUCACCACAGCAGCUCUCGUCGGACCACAUAAAAGUCUUCCUCUACCAGAUCCUCAGGGGUUUGAAAUACCUGCACUCGGCGCGGAUAUUGCACCGGGACAUCAAACCUGGAAAUCUGCUCGUCAACAGUAAUUGUAUUUUAAAAGUACGUAUAGGUAUUAUAUAUUUGUAUGAUUUAUGAUGACGCGUUUAAAUCUACCGGACACGACGAUAACGGAGUUGUAGCAGUUUUUUUUCUGCGCGUUUUGGCCUAAAUAUAUACGAGUAUUAUAAUAUAACGUAAACCUAGACUCUAGAGAACGGUUUAUUAAUUUCACGCGCGAGUUCCUAUUGCAUUGCACGCACGCGAUUUCGUAGAAUUUUCAGUAGUUUUUCUGUCGUAACUUAAUUAAAAAAUAUAAUAAACUGUACGUUCUACUAAUAUAGAACGGUAGAGUACAUGUAAAUAAAAAGCGUUAUUUUUCUUCGACUUUUCCGAAUUCAAUUUUAAAUUAAAUAUCUAUUUGUUGUAUCUUAUUAUUUGUAAAUAUUUAUAUUAUAAUAUAAAGUAUGUAUAUAUAUAUAUAUAUAUGCAUACUCCACAAAAAUUUGUUGAGUAGAUUUUAUUAUAAAUGUAUUUUUUUUUCAACCACAUUACAAUAUGACAAACAAUCGCCGCUGCUUGCCAGGUGAAUCGAUUUUUUUUUGGGAAGAAAGUUUUUUUUAUUAAUAUUAUAGUGUUGCGCGUUUGAUGUUGAAACCAAUCGUUUUUCCUAUAAAACAGCGUACCACUUAUACAAAAUGACACUAAGUGUAAUAUUUUAUACUUGAUAUUAAUACGUUUACUUUGCGCGCACACGUAAUAUAGAUAUGCGACUUCGGUCUGGCUAGAGUAGAAGAACCGGACGAGACCAAACACAUGACACAAGAAGUCGUAACCCAAUAUUACAGGGCGCCAGAAAUCCUGAUGGGCGCCAAACACUACACCGCCGCCAUAGACGUGUGGAGCGUCGGUUGUAUAUUUGCCGAGCUCGUUACUCGGCGGAUACUGUUCCAAGGCCAAGAUACGGUCCAACAAGUAAGUCGUGUAUUUAAUAUUUAUAUAUAUUAUAAUACUGUACAUAGUAGUUGUACAUUUUUAUAAAUUGCAUUAUUCGGAAACCGGAAACCUGUGUUUUAUUAUGUGAAUAUUACAAAACAAUACAUUAUACAUAUCUUAAAAUCCAAGCUUCAUCCCCUGCAAGGUCAGUUACUCCUUUUCUCAUCCGCCACAUCCCCCUGUCUAUCACCAUUUUCUCGUCUACUUCAAUUAAUAUAUUCUCAUAAUACCUCCUCUAAAGUUAUGUCUUUGACCCGUAUCUUCCCCGGCUUCUUUAUAUAGAUACUCGUACCCGUCGCUCCUAGACUGUAUCUCUUGCAUACUCUAAAAUUAAACCCGUGUUAAUUCUAUAGAAUCGUUGUAUUACAUUAUUUUACAAAAUCGAUGCGAUUUUUUAUUUCUCUUGUUCGAUUUUUUUUUGUACUUUUCAGUUCUGUUCUCUUCAAAAAUCACAAAUACUUCGUUACUUAACCUAUAAUCUAACAUACUCUUUCUGUUUUUGUUGCAGUUGGAGCUAAUAACGGACUUGCUCGGCACACCGACCAUGGAAGAUAUGACGCAUGCGUGUCCAGCAGCUCGUUCCCACAUGCUCAUAAGACGUAUGAAGAAACCGUCCAUGUCGCUGUUAUACUCUCUGUCCACGUUAAUGACGCAUGAGGCGGUUCAUCUGAUAUCUCAGAUGCUCGUUUUUAACCCGGUAAGAGCAUUAUGUUUUAGAAUCUAUAGAUACCUCUAGACUGUAUACGAACCAAAAGAUCUCUUCAUACGGUUGUUUGUUUUUUUCGGUUUUUCACAGGAUAAACGGAUGUCCAUCAUGGACGCGUUGGUUCAUCCAUACAUUGACGAAGGCCGCCUUAGGUACCACAGUUGCAUGUGCAAAUGCUGUUUCACAGUAUCACUGACGGGUCUCCGGCAUUUUUGCAUGGACUACGAACCGGUUGCACCGCAAACAUUCGACGACAAAUGGGAAAAGAAAAUGUCAAACGUACAACAAGUCAAAGGUUAGGCUCGAUAGCUAUUUUGUAAAACACAUUAUAUCAUAUACUUUAAAUGGCAAUACCAGAAAGUCACUGGAACGAACUAGCUAUUUAUUUAUUUUUUUUUUUUUUUAUUAAUUUAGCCAAAAAGAAGAACUAAUUUUAUGGUUUUAAACCAAUUUUGUUUUAGAAUAAUAACGAUUUUUUACUAAUUUUUGACAUUUUAAGAAUACCCACCAAAUUUAAUUGGUUAAAAUCGAGGCAAACAUAUAGCAGUUUAAAGUAUUAAGUUUAGUAAUUAUAUCUUUUAUAAAUCACUUAAAUUAUAUUGCCAUUUACAGUAUUUUAAUUCCAACUCAUGUCGUCGUUUUAUCAUUUUUAUCACGACAAGACGACGUUUAUUUCAUAUUUUGGACGAUUUGCACACCUCCAUAAUUAAUAUGGUCUUUUACAGAGGAACUUCACAAGUUUAUCGGUGACCAGCUAAGCAGUCAUCGUGUGCCGUUGUGUAUAAAUCCCCAGUCGGCGGCAUUUAAAAGUUUCUCGAGGUAA